GACUUCCAGGGGAAUUACUGUAGCUCCAGAAGCAGGGAAUCAGCAGGAAAUCCUCAUGAUGGUUCCUGACUCUUAGGAUCAUUUUUUGUUGUUUGAUUGGUGCUUGUUUUCCCAGAAUUGGGCUCUGUGACCCCUCCCAGACCCGAGGACUCUGUGCCCUUCGUGUGCCCCCAAGACACGACAGUCAGAGGGUGACUAAUCCCUACGAGCCAAAACAGGCUGGAUCCCUGCCUGAGGCUCCCUGUGUUCCCAAAAACACGAGCCCUGGCCUUGCACAAGACUUGCUCGGGGUCUGAACCCAUGACAGGCCUCCCUAGGCAUGGAGAGAUCACGUGGGAGGGGAGGCAAGGGGAGGAACAGCAGGGAGGUGAUGUGAAAAGCUUCCUCUGGGAAUUGUCACUUGGAAUUUCCUUGUUCUCCUGAGGUGGAUGGAGCAGCUGAACCAUCUCCCUCCCAUCCCAUAUUCCCAGGAAUCCCAUCUGCAGGUGUGACUGCAGGCUCAGCUCCUGGCUCUUCCUCAGCAACAGUUUUAGUGGGAUAAAUAAAAAGUGGAUCCAGCUCCUGUAACAUUUUUAAUGGGAUAAAAAAGAAGUGGAUCCAGCUCCUGGUUGUUCCUCAGUAAUAUUUUUAGUGGGAUAAACAAGAAGUGGAUGCGAUUCCUGAUUGUUCCUCAGUAACAUUUUUAGUGGGAUAAACAAAAAGUGGAUCCAGUCCUGUAACGUUUUUAGUGAGAUAAAUAAGAGUGGAUCCAGCUCCUGGUUGUUCCUCAGUAACAUUUUUAGUGGGAUAAACAAAAAGUGGAUCUAAUUCUUGGCUCUUCCUCAGUAAUGUUUUUAGUGGGAUAAACAAGAAGUGGAUCCAAUCCCUUGUUGUUCCUCAGUAACAUUUUUAAUGGGAUAAACAAAAAGUGGAUCCAGCUCCAGGGGAGAUUAUUCCCAAAGUUCAACCAGGAGACUGCCUUGGCUCCCUCCACAUGGAUAACAACAACUCCAGCAUCUGGGCACCUUCGACAAGGAGCUUUGACUGGAAUAAAACCCUCUGGGAUCUCUGGGACACAACCCCCAGCCCGGAGCUCCUCGGCCGCGGCGAGGGCCGGGACGGCUCCCGUUUUCCCAGGAAUCCGUGUGAAAGGACACACAUUGCUCCGGAUCCGCCUCCCGCCCCCCUGCUCUGGCUGUGCCCUUGGAAAAUCCGGGUCUGGAGGUGCCCUCGGCCUCCCGGUGGCCUCGAGGGGGGUGAUAAGGGUGGGAACUCGGGCGCGUGGGGCGAUAGCUCGGCCCAGAUAAGGUUUUACCUGGGAAUGAAGCCCGGCAUAAAUCCCCCUUUUCCCAGGCCGAGCCGAGCCCGCGGCGAAGAUGAGGCUGGUUCUGCUCCUCAGUGCCCUCCUCGGGGCUUCCCUGGCCCUGGAGACCUUCGUGGGGCACCAGGUUCUCCGGAUCAAGGCCAGAAAUGAGGAGGAGGUGAGGCAGCUGCAGCUCCUGGAGUCGCUGGAGCACCUCGAGCUGGAUUUCUGGAUCAACCCCUCUGCCCCCGCCCUCCCUGUGGAUGUGAGGAUUCCUGCUGCCAGCGUCCAGUCGGUCAAAGCCUUCCUGGAAUCCCAGGGGAUCGAGUAUUCCAUCCUGAUCGAGGACCUGCAGGAAUUACUGGAUGAGGAGAAGGAGGCCAUGGUGAGGUCCAGGAGGGUAAAGAGAAGCUCCAGGGCGUUCGAUUUUGGCUCCUACCACACCCUGGACGAGAUCUACUCCUGGAUGGACACCUUGGUGGAGGAUCAUCCCGGGCUCAUCAGCAAGAUCCAGAUUGGGCAGAGCUAUGAGGGCAGACCCCUGUUGGUGCUCAAGUUCAGCACCGGGGGCUCGGCCCGGCCGGCCAUCUGGGUGGACACCGGCAUCCACUCCCGGGAAUGGAUCAGCCAGGCCACCGGUGUCUGGAUGGCCAACAAGAUCGCCGAGGAGUACGGGCGGGACCCCUCCGUCACGGCCCUCCUGGACAACAUGGACAUCUUCCUGGAGAUCAUCGCCAACCCUGAUGGCUUUGUGUUCACCCACAGCUCCGACCGCCUGUGGCGCAAGACCAGGUCCCCCAACACCGGCUCCCGCUGCCUCGGCGUCGACCCCAACAGGAACUGGGACGCGGGGUUCGGAGGUGCCGGCUCCAGCAGCGAUCCCUGCUCUGACAUCUACCACGGCCCCUUCCCGCACUCGGAGAGGGAGGUCAAGGCCAUCGUGGACUUCAUCCGUGGCCAUGGGAACAUGAAGUCCGUCAUCUCCAUCCACAGCUACUCCCAGAUGCUGCUUUUCCCCUACGGAUACACGUCGGUGCCCUCACCCGACUAUCAGGAAAUGAACGAGCUGGCCAAGAAGGCCGUGAGCGACUUGGCCGCCGUGUACGGGACCAAAUACACCUUCGGCAGCAUCGCCGACACCAUCUACACGGCGGCAGGCACCACCGUCGACUGGGCCUACGACCAGGGGGUGAAAUAUUCCUUCACCCUGGAGCUGCGGGACACGGGGCGCCACGGCUUCCUCCUGCCCAGCUCCCAGAUCCUGCCCACGGCCACCGAGACCUGGCCGGCCCUGCUGGACAUCAUGGUCCACGUCCUGGAGCACCCCUACUGAGCCCAGAGCCUCCCCCUUCCCUCGCCCCAAUAAAUCA